AUGAUUUCCGAAAGAAAAGAGGCGUCAUUUAACCAGCACUUGGACAGCGUGGAAAAUGUAUUGCACACGAUGGAGCACUACAGUCUUAAGCUGAAUGACCAGAUUGGCGACCUUAAGAAAUUGGUGGCCACCAACCGAAGAGUAAUUACCAGGCUUAAGGAAAACGAGCAACGCAUAAAGUUACUUCUGGAAGAUUCCCCUAAUUCCCUUGAUAAUCAAGUGGGGCCUGGGAAGGAAGUGCUUAGCCUGUGGAAUUAUGUUGAGAAGGACCAAGAACCUGUUAUUUGCCAUAUGCACAGGAAUUGCAAGGUGACCAAAAUUCGGGAGAUAAGUUGGACGCAUUGUAAAUCCUUGACAAAUGACAUGUUAACCAAAGAAGUGCAGCAGAAUAAGCCGUACAAAAAGUCGAAAAUGGUUGAUCUUCGAGAACGCGGUGGUCUUAAUCGACAGGUGUCUUUUGACCUCAGUCAGCACCAGGCUCUAAUUUAUAAAGCAAAUUGUAUUGUGAAGAUCAUUGAAAAUCUGGACAUGAGAACAAACUCAAUUAAAAGGGUUAAACAAGUUUGCAAGCAGGCGCUGAAGGCCAUGUCCGAGCGUCAAAAGGAGCUGUGGUCGGAAGGACCGAGAAUUCAGAAAUCUAAGAAAGCAAAUUUCUAUCUAUAGCAAUAGUAACAGCUUCUGUUAUUACAAAAAAUAUUUAA